AUGAGUGAUGAGGUGCCUAUAGAAAGUAGUUACUUAAAAAACAUUUUUAAAAGCACAGACAAGAAAAUCAAAUUAUUUAAAUUAUAUUUAGAGAAAAAGUUAAACAUUAAUUCAUAUUCGCUUGGGGAAUUUUCUCUUAAACAUGAUGAAAAAUUUAGACGAAUAUUUUUUUCUAACAUAAUAAAAGAACAUAUAAUAACAAAAAGGAAAAAAGAUAGGUUAUAUAUUGUCAAUGAAGUAGUUAUAAAUAAAGACUUUUUCCAAAAUUAUUCUUAUUUUCAAUAUUUUUUACAAAAUGUUUUAUUAUUUGAAGAUUUACGAUUAAAAAAGAUAGAAAACAAUUUAAACAAAGAUAUUUUUUUUAAAGAGAAAAAAUCAUCUUUAAUUAACUGGAAGCAAUGCUUUAGUCAUAUAAAAAGAAAGUUAAAUGAAAAAGGGGUAGACAAAAAAAGUAAAAUUUAUAAAAAUUCAGUAUUAUUAUUUAAUUCAACCAAAUUUUCAUAUGAAGAUCAAAAUUGUUGUGAUUAUUUUUAUAGUCUAAAAGUAUGGGAUAUAUUUUUUAAUUAUGUUUCCUUUGAUUUUUUAAACUAUUUGUUGUCUAAUACCCUUAUAUUUAUAUCCGACUUUUUUUUUAUUAGUUCAAAUGAAUUCCUUCCAAUUCAAACUUCCUUUUUUAUUACUUUAAGCCACAUUGAAUUAAAAUGGAAAGACAGUAAAGAAUUAGAGAACAAACUUAUUUUAAAAAAAAAAAAAUUAUUUUAUAAUACAAAACAGCUCAAAAUCAUUUAUACAAACAAUCCUACACAAGAUGAAAAUCAAAAAGAGCUUACUAAGGAACCCGAAAUAACUGGAACUACAAAUGUAGUACCUCAAAAUGAGAAAAAUAAUAAUAUUACACUUUUGAAUAAUUAUAAAAAUAAAAGAGCUAAUGAAAAAUGGGAUAAUGAAAUAGAUAAUAUGAGAAAAUCGAAGAAAAUAAAAACUUUUCAUAAUAGUAUUGAAAUAAAAGAAAAUGGAUCAUUAAUGUGUAGAGAAAAAUAUAUAGACAAACUAAAACAUUUGAAAAAAAUAUAUAAAUAUUUGCUUAAAAAAAAAAGUAAUAAAACUUAUUUUAAAAUUCAUGAUAGUCAUUCAUAUAUAAGGUACUUGUAUUUAAUUCAAUGCAGUGGAGGAAUUUUAAAAAAUGAAUGUUUAAAGGAAAUGAAAGAAAUCGUAAAAAGGAAAAAAGAAGUACUUAAAAACGAGAAAAAAAAACUAAAUAUCCAAAACGUUAAGAAAGAACAAAUAAUAGCAAUGGAAAACAACGGGUUAGACAAAAUUGAUACAAAUCAAAAAGUAAGAAUAAAAAAAAAACGACUACCAAAUAUUUAUUUUUUUCAUAAUAAUGAUAAAAAUGAACAAUUUAAUAAUGCCAGUGAUAGUUUGAAUAUGUGUGAUUAUGAAAAGGGGACUGAAAAAGAGACUAAAAUAUUAAACGAUAAAAAAAAAUGGAAUAAAAUAAUAAUAAAUAGAAAUAACAUUUUACAACAUAAUACUACGAAUAAAUAUAAAAACUUUUUAUUUAAUAAAAGUAUGAUUUUUGAUAAAUUAGAAAAUGUGCCUUUAUUUAUUUAUCAUUUAUUAAACUAUAUUUGUACAUCAAAUCAAAAAUACUUUUUUCAUAAUAAUUUUAUAGAUGAAUAUAAACAGAAAAUAUUAAAACAAAUUAAAUGUAAUACAAAAAAAAACGACAUUUCUCAUUUUGUGUAUAAAAAGGAAAAUACAACAACAUGUAAUAUAGUCAAAGAAGGUAAUAAGGAGAAAAAUAUUUAUUUUCGGAUUAAAAAAACGAAAAUACUUAAGUAUAUCUACUAUAAUUUUUCUGAAUUUUUAAAUAAUGUCAGGAAUACAAAAUUUGAAAAAAUUUAUAAUAAAUAUUUUCCUAAAAAAAAAAUGAAAAACAAAAUAGCAAAAAUAUUUAAGACAAUAAAAUCGAUUAUAAUAAAAAAAUUUCAUAUUAUUAAUGUAAGAAAGAAUAGAAAGUUUAUUAGACAAAAAAUGUAUGAUUAUUUUUUUAAAAAUUAUGAAUUUUUAAGUUUUUCUUUUAAAACACAUAAAGUUAUUGACUUUAUUGUCCAUGUUACAAAAAAGUGUGUACCUGUUAAACUGCUAGGUAGUAGAUAUAAUUUCAAAAUUUUUUUAAAUAAUGUCAAAAAAUUUAUACUAUUUAAUUAUAAAGAAAGUUUUUCGAUGGAUCAAAUAAUGAAGCAUGUAAAGGUUAAAAACAUUUUUAAAAGGCAGAAAAAGGAUAUACAAAAAAGCAUACCAAAUAAAUCUAGUAUGAUUACACCAAUGAGCAAUAUUUUAAUGCCACCACCUCAAGAAGAUAUCUCAAAAUGUUCUAAUUAUAGUUUAUAUCAAGAUAAAAAAACGAUUGAUGAUAAACAAAAUCGAUUUAUAAACCAUUCAUCAAAAAAUACAUUUUUGUUUCAAGAAUUAAAAAGAAAAUAUUUUGAUAAAAAAAAAAAAAUAAUUUUAGCUAUUCAAAAAAGACAUUUUUUAAGUAGACUUAUAUAUUUUAUUUUUAAUUAUUUCAUUAUGCCAAUAAUGAGACAUUUUUUUUUUUUGACAAAAUCGGAGCAUACUAUUUAUAAAACUAUUAUUUUUGAUAGACAACUAUGGAACUACUUUACAAAAGUUUCAAAUUUUUGUUUAUACCAUCAAAAUUUUCGGAAUAAAAAAAUAAAAAAAAUAAAAGAAACUAAAACAAAGAAAACUCAUCAUAUGUUGAAAAAGAAGAGCAUAGAGCAACAUCGCAAUCAAUUGAAGCUUUUAAAAAAAAAAAAAAAAUUAACAUCCAAAGGAAACAACAAUAAUAAUGUUGUUAAAUCUAUAGGAAAUAAAGAAACGCGACCAGAUAAACACACCAAUGAUCCACUUUCUAAAGAUACAAUAGUAAAAAAGAGAAGUACCAUAAUAUGUAAAGAAAUUGAAAAGGUAAAAAAAGAAAAAAGGGAAAAAAUAUCUGAAUGUAAACAAAUAGAUAGUUUAUAUAAAAUAAAAGUUAUUAAUAAAAAAAAUGUUAGACCUUAUUUAAAAAAGUUCUACUACAAAAUUCGAAAAAAAUAUUUUUCAUUAAAAAAGUAUUACAUUAAAAAUAAUAAAAAUAUGACUCCUAGUAUGCUGAAAAAGUAUAAAGAGUAUAUCAAUUAUGCGGAUGACAAAAAAUUCCUUCUUAUAUAUGUAGGAAAACGUUUUUUCAAAAAAAAAAAAGUUAAUUAUAUUAAGCUUUUCUAUAAGCUAGUAACCAAAAUCGAGAAAAAAAUUAAUAAAAUGCAAUGCAAAAACUUGAUAAAAAGGAAACGUAAAAUAAGUGAAAUUGGGAAAAUAGAAAUAAAAUCGAAAAAACGAUUAGCAACAUGCAUUAUUUCCAACCCUGAUCAGGUAUAUAAUCGAAAGAAACAAAAAGGAAAAGAACUAAAGACAAACAUGUUGAGAAAAAGAAAACAAUCUGAAAAUAAUCAUAAUGAAGAAAAGAAUGUGCCUGAAAAUGUUGCUUGUUCAGAUAAUCAAAUAAAUGUGAAAAAAAAAUAUAUACAUAAAAUAAAAAAUAUGAUCGAAAAACGUAACUUUUUGCUAAAGCUUAAUUGUAUUAAUGCUUUUUUUUCAAAAAAGUUACGAAUAAAUUGGAUACCUAAAAAAAAAGGAUUAAGACCUUUGAUAAAUUUAUCAACACUGAAUAUUCCUGAAAGUGUAAAAGCUAGAGUUGCUGAAAUAUUAAAAAAUAAAAAAAGCAGUGAAUUUUAUUAUCAUAAUAUAUUAGAAAAUUUAGAAAGAAAAAAGGAAAAGAAUAAUCCUCUUCGAAAAAAAAAAUAUAAUCGAAAAAAUUAUAAUCCAGUUUCUUUAAAUAAUAUUUGUAAAUUUUCCCUUAAAUGUUUAGGAAAUGCUAGAAGCAAUAACAGUUGCUUAUUUAAAAAUACUUUGACAAAAACAAAUGAGAUUGAAUUAAAGUUAAAAAACUGGUUAGAGGAUAUAAAGAAUUGUUUUUACCGUAAAAAACUAUAUAGAAAAUAUAUAAAAAACAAAUUAAGGAAUAACAAAAUAAUUUAUGCAUAUAUAUGUGUUGGUGAUUUUUCAAAUUGCUAUGAACACAUAAAUCAUAAUUAUUUAUUUAAAUUUUUAAAACUUUUUUUUGAUGAAAUAUCAAAUUUUGAAUUUGUAUAUUUAUUUAAAAGAUCAUUUCGUUUAUAUAAUAAAACUGUCAAUAAUUCACUCCUGUCUUAUUAUCCAGUAAAUGUCAAACAUUUUGGUAUGCACUAUAUUAGAAAUCUUAGAGAGCUUAUAAUUAAGGCAAAUAAAAAUCCAAUACAUGAUUUUUUACUAAAACAAUUAUUUAAAAAUGCCUCAAACAUUGAUUUGUAUAUUUUCUCAGAUUCUUAUAAAAGUGUUCAGGUUGAAAAAAGAGAUAUUUUCAUGACAAUAAUAACGAUUAUUAGAUAUUAUUACCUUAAUAUAUAUUUCAGCAUAAAAGAAUUAAAAUUAAAUAAAAAUAAUAUUUUUUAUUUUCAAAUAUUUCAAAAAAAUAGUAAAAUAAAAAAUAAUGCCUACUUUAAGUUAAAAAACCAAAAAAUAUUUCAAGCAAUUCAACAAUUUCACCAAAACAAACUUUUGUCUCUCGAACCAGUUGAAAGUGCUACCUCAAAUAAUACGCUAGAAAAAGAUGAUCAAAUUAAUAAUAUUGAAAAAUCGGCACAUAGAGAAUUAAAUAAUUCGAUAAGCACUUCUAUUAUUAAACCUAUUUCAGAACUACAUAAAGAAUCCAAAGGAAAUGAUAUAAAUAGUUCUUUUCCCUUUAGAAGUAAUAGUACAUGUAUUUCUACAAGUGCCGAAAAUGGAAGUCAGGAUUCUGGGAAUAUGCUGAAUAACCAUAUAAAUAAUAAAAUGAAAAAUGGUAUGAUUAAAAUUAGUGACAAUAAUACAUCAGAUAUUGGAGAGCAUAAUAUUAAAAAAGAAAAUAAUUUAGUUAUUUUACAAAAUGAUAGAGAAAGAACAUUACCUAUUUCUCAGUCUAAUGAAACAUUUAAUUUAGGUGAUAAAAUAGAAACAAAUAAAAUAUAUCCUGAAAAAAAAAUUUUAACAUUUUUAGAUAAAAAAAUUAUUAGUAAUAUAUGUGGGUUACCACAAGGGUUUAGUUUGUCUAAUAUAUUAUGUUCUCUUUAUUAUGCAUAUUUAGAUAAAAAUAAAGAAUUUCAAAAUAUUUUAUGUGCAGAAAGAAAGGAAAAUAACAAUAAAAAUAAUUCGAUAAAUAAAAAUUUAUAUCCUAAUCCUUUAAAUACCAAUUCAUUAUUGAUCCGAUUUAUAGACGAUUUUUUAUUUAGUACACUUAAUAAAAAAAAUAUUAAAACAUUUAAAAAUUUAUUAUUAAAAAGAAAAAUAUGGGGAGAAAAUAUUAAUUCAUCAAAAACUAAAAUAUUUAAAAUACCUCUCAUUUAUAAAAGUGACUUAUUUAUUUACAACAUCUGGGAUAAGCAAAAUAAAGAAAAACAAAAAAACAAAAAAAAUAAAAAAAAAAACCAAAACAAGCAAAAGAAAAAAUUGGAAGGAUUAUCUCAAAAUAGGCUUCUUAAAAAUGGUAACAAAUUAUUAUCAAGAAAGUUGAAAAAUUCUUUAUUAGCUACGUCUAACGUGAAUAGUAACAUUAUCAAAUGCCACGAGAAUGAGGAAAUAUGUAGCUCGACAGAUUUACAAAAAUUGAAAAUAGAGAUAGGCCAACAAGAACAAGUUUGUAUUCACCCCAUAAAAAGAAAUACACAUCCAAAGGAAGUAGGAAAUGAAAAUAUCAAGACAAUUGAAAACACACAAAAUAGUAAGAGAAAAGAAGACAAAUUAAAAUUGAGAAAAAAAAAAUACCCCAAAUUAACAAUAUGUCAAAUUAAAAAGGUAAUAAAAAUGUUGUGCAUAAAAAAGGCCAAAUUAAAAGGGAAUUCCCCUGAAAAACAUCAUAAAAUUCAAAAAUAUAUUAAAAGAUUAGAAAAGUUAAAAAAACAGAAAACCAAAAAAAUAGAAAAAGGGAUAGGAGAAACAAAUUAUAUAAAUGAUGCCCAAUCUAUCAGAUCUAUUGAAUGGUUAAAUAAUUCAUAUAUUUUCGAUUUUGUAAAUAAUUCAAUUCAUAGUAUAUCUUAUCCUUGGAAAAAUAAAAAUGAUGCAACGAUUAGAAAUCAUAUACAUUUAAAUAAUGUAAUAGGAGAAAAGUGCAGUAAAAUAAGCUUUAUGAAAAUAUUAGUUGAAAAUAGAAUAAUGAGAAAUGUUAUAUCAAAACAAAAAAAAUAUAUAUCAUUAUAUAAAAAUAAACAAAAUGUAUAUUUUUGCUAUAAAAAUAAUUUCAUAUUAUUAAAAACAUCUAUAUUAAAAUUUAUUUGUUCUAUUAAAACAUUGAAGCACAUGUUUAAUACAUUUUAUAAUCCGAUUUAUAAUACCAAAUUUAUUUUACAUUUAAUUUCAUAUAUGAAAAAAUGUUUAAUAAAAAAUAAAAAUCUUAAAUUUGUAAAAUUGUUUUUAAUUGAAACAGCCAUUGAGACAUUACAAUAUGCUAAGGUAUUUCACCCAAAUCAUUCUAUGUUUCGAUGUCUAAACGUCCUUAAAAAAAUUAAGAAAAGAUUAAUAAAUAAAUAUAAAAAAAUUAAAAAAAAAAAAUUACUAAUUCAAUAUAGAAAUAUAUUUAAUGUUAUUAGAAGGGAGUUAUUUAAUUCCUGGCCACCCAUGUUUAAAUUAAGGGGAGCUGCCGAAGGCCGAAAAAAAAACAAGACAAAAAGAAGGAAAAUCGAAAAUUAA